AUGACUGGACUGCCAAAUAUACAAAAUCGGUUUGAAAAUAAAAGAAUCAUCGUCAACAACGUGCUGAAUAGAUUCUUCAACCAAAAGAAGUUAACUACGGAGUGUGCACAUGGUCUGAAGGAGCUUCUAGAUACAACUACGGUCACUCUGGACGACUUACAAAGCCUUAACAUUGACACUAGCACCUGGGAUGUUGUUAUCAAUUACAUAGUCGUGUCCAAACUUGACGUCGAAUCUCACAAAUUAUGGGAACAACAUCUGGGUAACACACGAGACAUCACACCCUAUACCACGCUAAAGGACUUUCUUGAGGGUCGUUUAAGGGCAAUCGAAUCCAUUGCUAAUACGAGAAAGGAGAAGUACACACCAAAGCUAGCACCGAAGAACAACCCCUCUAGAGCUUUUGUCGCGAAAGUUACAUCUACAGCCUGCACAUUUUGUCAGCAAGAUCACUAUAUUUGUCACUGUAAUGAAUUUAAAGCAUUAGAAGUGCCAAAACGACAAGAGUUUCUGAAGAAAAAUAACUUAUGUUUCAAUUGCCUUGUGAAGGGUCACUCAGUUGGUUGUUGUCGGCAACUCACCACUUGUAAACUAUGCCGUCGUCGACACCACACACUAUUGCACCUCACGCCCCCUAGCCAGGCAUCCUCGUCAAACGAACCUGUUGAAUCACUGCAACCGCCAGCGGUUGUCACCAUGAAAGCCGAAAGCACCCACAACCAAGUUAUUUUAGCGACCGCACGGGUAGUUGUGACGGCUGGAGAUGGUUCCACACACGAACUACGUGCGCUGAUCGAUCAAGGUUCUCAAGCCUCGUUUGUCACCGAGUCUACUGCACAGAUCUUGAACUUAAAACGAUUUGCUAUACAUGGAACCGUAACUGGAAUUUCUAAUGACACAUCUGUAAAAAUAAAAUCUAUGGUUAAUAUAAAAUUGCACUCAAUAUAUGAUAAUACACAAAAAAUAGAAACGCAAGCUUACGCACUCUCUAAAAUCACCUCACUCAUACCGUCACAAGAAGUGCCCAUGGUUCCCUGGCCCUUACUACAGAACUUACCACUAGCAGACCCUUACUUCCAGAGACCAGGAACUAUAGAUCUCCUACUAGGAACCGACGUACACGCUACACUAAUCAUUGAAGGACUACAUCGCUACAACACGUUACUUGCACAGAACUCACGGCUUGGUUGGCUCAUCUCCGGCCAAGCGUCACAAGAUAUACAGUCCGCUUCUCGCAGCGUUGUAGUCAAUCACAUGAAACUUGAAAUUGAUCAGCUUCUCAGGAAGUUCUGGGAGCUGGAAGAACACAAAGGAACUCGCAUUCAACGUACACUCACUAAGGAAGACAUCCAGUGUGAAGAACAUUUCAAAAAUACUAACCUUCGUAACUCUGAGGGUCGCAACCAUUCAAAGAGAACUUCACCUCACAACUCGGAGACACUAGACCCAUGGCCGCCAGUCGCUUGCACCGUAUAG